UUGUAUUAAGAACUGCCAGGAGAAAGUGAAUCCAGAUGAAAAGUUUAUCAUAGAAGCGACUUGUGUAGCAAGAUGUUAUGGACAGCUGGAGUUCAAAUGGAAUUUAUUCUGGUUCAAUAGCAGCGAUAUGACAGAACCAUUUGACCUCAAUGAGUUGAACAAAGUAGGUGAAAAAACGUUCAUGACUGAUAAACAUUAAGAUGUGUUUUUUUUUCAAUUCGCUAUUGAAUCCUACGAAUAAAUUGUUGAAUCCUGAGAAUGACUCUUUGAAUUCUAAGAAUGAAUUAUUGAUUCCUACAAAUGAAUCAUUGAAUCCUAUGAAUGGAUUAUUGAAUCCUAAGAAUGAAUUAUUGAAUCCAAAUAAUUAACCAUUGAACCGUAAGAACGAAUUACUGAAUCCUAAGAAUGAAUAUCUUUGAAUCUUAAAAAAUGGAUUAUUGAAUUCUAAGAAUGAAUUAUUGAAUCCUAAAAAUGAAUUAUUGAAUUCUAAGAAUGAAUCUUUGAAUUCUAAGAAUGAAUUAUUGAAUCCUAAGAAUGAAUUAUUGAAUGAGAAUGAAUCAUUGAAAUUAUAGCCUAAUAUAACAUCUUUAAAUUCGUAAAGAAAAUAGGUGGGGUCUGGGGAAGCUCCUCCCCCCAAAAUGCCGAUGUGUUGAAGUUCGAUUUUCGCAUUUCUGGUAUUUUCUCGAGAGAAUUCGCUAACAAAUUGACCAGCGUAUUCGCGGAUUAAACAUACCAUUUUUUUGUAUCAUAUUUUGUGUUGCUACAUUGUUACGGCAAAUUUUAAUUUUAUAUAUUGGAAGGCCACUUUUGACUUUUGCCCCCCUUGUUGUGUUAGAAAAGGGUACAAUGGGCGCUUGCCUUACCCUGCCCCCCACUCCGGCGUCCCUGACCGCAAUCGUUCAUUUAUUUUAGGUCAGUUCGGAUACAUUGAGUACCAUGGUCACCAACCCUAUUGACGAGCUUCAAAUGGCAUUCAAACCAAACACACUGAUAGCGGACAGAAAAUACAUCUUACAACUGACUGCAAGAAGACCUAACAAUGUUUCUGGAGAAUUCAGAUAUACAAUGCUCAUGAACGCUGCUCCGACGGGAGGUCAGUUUGAAAGAGUUGCCCUUUUAAAUGAUGCAUGAUAACUUACAUUAGUAUUUUUGCACAAGUGAACAUAACAAAUCCUACAAGUUGAUUGGUCAAAUUUGACGUAUUAAGCUGUUAUAUUCACCGACAGGUGAGUAUAACAAAACCGAAAUUUUCAACAUGGCGGCUAGUCGUUUUGUGGACGUUAUACUGAUAAAAAAAAUAAGCGAAAUUAAAAUAAAUUCAGUCCCAAAAAACACAAAAAUACUAAAACAAUUAUUCGCCUCAUACUCGGUGAUUAUUGGGGAAUAUUCACCUCGACUUCGUCUCGACGAAUAUUCCCCGAUAAUCACCUCGCCUUCGGCGAAUAAUUGUUUUAAAAAUACAAUGCUUCACAGUAAUAUACAUAACUAGGGUAGACCCGGACAGUGCAUACCUCGAUACAUACAUACACAAGGUUGAGGAGGCCAAAAAACUCGCAACAAGUUGUUCCAACAAGUCUGAUAUCGUUUUUACGUAACAAGUUGUUAACAAGUUGAUGACAACAAGCUCAUAGCAACCUGUUACGAACAGCCUGUAUGUACCAUUUACAACAUGAGCGGCCGUGUUGUAUCGGAUAUGUUGUAAAUGGCUUAAAAAACGACUCAUCUUAUGAGUUCAUUGGCGCAGUAAUUUUGAAAAUAAACGUUGUCUAAGCCGAGAAAAUCAAAGUUAAAGUUUAUGUAAAUCAACAUGAAUCUGUAUCAUAUAUACAGAUACGACACGCUUAUGAUUUUUCUUUGUGUUUUCUUCAUGAAUUAUUAAUGAGUUUUUUAAUAGUCUAGUUGGAACAAAUUGUAGCAAGCUUGUUGCAGUCAUCAACCAUGUAACAAGGUGAUAGCAACUUGUUCCAGACUUGUCACAACAACUGGGAACAAGCAGUGCGAACACAUCCUGAUAUCGACUUGACAACAACCUUGUUACAUUUGUUUGCAGAUCCGUAACAACUUGCGCGUUUUCAAGUGUGUAGUCCGACUGCAUGAACAUGAAAUGUUUUUCCGUGCGAACCUCGGCUAUGUAACGUUUCCCGGUCAGUCAUAUGAACAGGCCCUAAGAACUUAUGUUUCUUUCACACAGGUAGAUGCAGUGUCUUCCCACCAAGCGGUGUUGCCAUGACAACCACGUUUAACAUCACAUGCAUCAACUGGACAGAUCCCGAUCCACCAAUCAAAUACGAUUAUGCUUACGAAUUGAAUGGCGUUAGAACAGUAUUUUUAACCCUUACUGGAAGUCCCGGGAAAACUGUCAUCGCCAGUAGCGAUUUGCCGAUUGGGAAUGCGAAUCAAGACAAUGACUUGGAUAUUUAUGUGAAUAUCAGAGAUAAAUUUGAUGGAGCGACUGAAAUUCAUUUCACUGUUAAGGUAGUUAUAGUCGAUAACGUGUGUUACUGAUGCUUGUGAUGUUACUCUGAGUGUAUAUCCACACCGGGCAAGCUUGAAAAAUAUGCCUGUCCACGGUGAGAAUCGAACCUACGACCUUUGGAAUACUAGCCCAAUGCUCUGCCAACUGAGCUACGCGGUCAGGUCGGUUCAACCACUUCGCGAAAUACUGGGGUAACAAAUUCAGUUGACAAAGAAAUUCCCGCAGGAAAUUUCGCAUUUUUUCACAACUUCUUUCUCCAAAAUUCCUUUGUUUUUGUUGCCAAUUAUAUAGACAAACACGAAGGAUUUUGCGAAAGUCUAGAGCAUUUACAAAAAAAUGUACAAAAAAACAAGAAAACCCAAUCUACUCUACCUACGUUUUUGCAACAAGAAAUAUAAAACCCAUGUAUUUUUUUACCUUAAUACAUGUCCAAUGUUUAGUGUAACAGCCAGUUUUCUUUCAUAGGUGGAUCCACCCGGUAAAGACAGUUUCAACCUGACCAACCUCGGCAACAUGUUAUCAGGUUCACACAACCCGUUAGACGAAUUAAUCGCAGGCGGUGAUCCACGAAAAGCCUUGUCAAUGGCAGGAGUGAUUGGCUCAGUGUUGAAUCAUGUUGAUUACAACAGCAAUACAUCACGAAACAUGACAGCUGACGAAAUGGCAAGAAGACGAGACGAGAGUCAAAAAGUUGACGAGGUGCGAAUUAUAGGAAAUAAAUCUUAGCAAAAGAAAUAGUAAUUCAUGCCGCGUUUUAUCCCCAAUUCCGCUUCCAUGAUCCUGCUUCCGCAAUUCCGUUUCCGCGAUUCUGGAUCACAACUCAUUUAAUUUAUGACGUUAAAUAUCAGUUUCUUUGUUUUAGUUGAAACAAAACAUCAUGAAAUCACUUUCUGGUAUCAACGUGACGGACAUGAACACGUUAUUGCAACUGAGUGGCACAACACAAGUUCUGACAGAAAAUUCAGACGUGUUAUCACCCACAACCCAGGUAAGGUAAAAAUUAACCUUUUCUAAGCAUAAACCUUAAGAUAAAACUAGGGGUAGCGGGUCAGAGGUGGAAUUGUUUUUGUCUGGGAACUUGAGUUUAGGGCUAAAAAUUUUCUGGAAAACGGAUUAUAUAAUAAAUAUGGAAAAUUAAAGUAUUAUUGCAUGCAUGAAGCAAUAUGUCUUCAACGUUGAGCGUCUUGUGCCAUAUAAUAAUCUACUGCAGGCUGUAUGAAUAUUUUUUAUGAAACUUUUCAGUUGUAAUUUAGGUAUCGAGUUAGUAGAUUAAUUAGCUAUAGGCAUUUAAUGAUUUAAAAAGUUAGUCAAUCAGUCUAAUUUUCAGAAUUAACUAUCACACAUAAAAAAUAUCAGUGAAAAUUUCUGCAAAAAUGUAGAUUAAACUUGUUUGACUUAGAACUGGGUUCAAAUUGACGGUGUUCAUUACCUAUUGACUUGAAAUGAUAGGAAAGAACUUCACAGUCCAACAUCGAUAAACAUGCCUGGUUGGAAAAGCCUUGGGCAAAAAUUUCCAAUUUCAAACCCAUGCAUGAAAAAUCUUGCGAGCAUGAAAAAUCUUGAAAAUAUUGCCAGUUUCUCUACGAUCAUCUCAAGUAGAAAUAUGGUAAAUACUCGCACUUUUUAACCACAUUACACCAUUUCUAACCUGAAAGAACGCCUCAACCUUGUACAAACAAUAUCCGGUAUCCGCCCGGAUAUUUUAUAUAUCUGGCCGGUGACCGGAUAAUGAGAUUUUCUCACUAUCCGGCUCGGAUAUGAUAGCCGGUGCACCCCCAGAUAUUACAUAAGGCUGCAUGUAUAUGAAGCAACUUACUUUGGUUAUAUUUUCUAGGAAUAUGGUGUAGGGUUAUGCUCUGCAUCGGUGACAGGUUUGACAACACUAUCUAAAGGACAAAGUUCAUUUAAAAACGUGAAGUCAGCAGUUACGAAUUUGGCGAGCACAAUUGGGCAGUUGAUCGAGGCGUCUACGAAGCCAAGUGAUGAGGAAGACCUCGCCAUAAAUGACGCG